ACAAGUCAUUGUAUGAAACAGACGCGAAUAGGGUAGUUGUGAGCAGUGUUUUGUUGUUUCAUUGAUAUAAAUAUUGUAUUUGCCUUUUAAAAAACAAAGUAUGUAAAAUUGCAAGUGCUGAUAAGUUAAAAAUUUCGGUGAAGAUAUUGUAAUAAACUCAACUUAUCGCACAGACAUGUCUUUAACUGUAGUCAAAUACCGUAAAAAUUCUUUAGGACAAGCCGUUCCUCUUAAUGAGCCGGUGGCAAUUAAAAGCAAUAAAGUACAAUUUCAGCAAAAACUACGAACUGAGAGUGCAGUUAAAAUUGGAGUAAGUCCUUCUUUGGUUAUUAACAAACUGACUCCCAAUGUGAAGACUGCAGUAAAGCGUAACAACUCAUACGAAACAGAGCCAAACGAAAAAGUGAAAAAGUAUUCACUGCAAACAAUUGCUAGUACUGGCGGCCCAACAACUAGUUUGCAAUGGCAACAGACUAUAGGCGGUAGCACACCAACUUCUUUAAAGAAAUCGAUUGGUGCUGCAAUAAGUUCUCUGCCACCAAAUACUAUUAUACAAGCCACAGCAGGAAGCAGUAAAAGUGAGAGUAGCAAUAAAUCAGCAAGUAACGUUUUACAAUCAAAUGGCGUUACUACGUUCCAUGCAAAUGGUCCACGACCAACAGUACUAAUUCGUCGUGAAUUACCCAAACGUACAAUACGCAGCGUAACUUUGGAAAUAAUAGAGAAGAAUCCACUUACUCAUAUUGGCGUUUCUGCUGAUCGCCUAGAUUUAUUGAAAAAUGUUAUUUGUGUGACUGCAAAUGUCUCUUUCAUAGAUUGUUACAUAACGCUAAAGAAGUUACGUCAAAAUGAAGAAUGUAGCCUACUUGCUGAAUAUUUUGAAAUGACAGAAACUGAAAUACAACAAACGUUCGCACUUAAUAUUACACGUUUAGCUCGGUUCAUGCGAUUUUUAGUGGUGUACCCAAAUAGUAAAAAAUACUAUGACAGACAUAAGAAUUUACCUUUUCAAUUCCGUUCGGAUUUGUCGCAUGUGCAAUCGUUGAUUGAUUUAGUCGAAACUGAAAUAGAUUGCCCAGAACUCUUAAGCUGUAAUAGCUACAAAUACAUACUAAGUAUUUCACCAAAUGGUCUCAUCUGUUAUGUAUCUGACGCAUUUGUGGGCAAUUUCGAUGAUUUAACAAUUUUUAAAAGUUCUACUUUUCAUAGCUGUAUACCGAAGUAUUUAUCCCUUGUCGCAGUACCAGGUAAAGGUUUUCGAAACAGACACAAAUCAAGGAAAGUUAAUGCUUCUGAAGGUAAAGAUACAGAUUCGAAUACAGAUUCGGCUGAAGAGUCUGCAAAUAAUGACACUGACAACGAAGACGGACAUAAAUUGAGCCGUUUUGAUGCUGCACGCAUUGCUGCGAAUUUAGUUUCCCAUCAAACAAUGAGUGUUGAAAAUAAUAACUUAGUAUCAUGCAAAGCAAGAGGUUAUACCAUACCAACAACACGCGUCAGUACGCCAGUUUGCAGAGAACAAUUGCGAUGUGUGCUUAAUACUCUACGCGAAUUUAAAAUGUUGCAGCAUCAUGGAAUUAAAGAACCUCUACUGUAUCAAUAUAUAAAUGAAUCACUUCUAGUUGCUGCGGCUUUAACAAAUCUUCAAAGAUGAAGCGCAAUAUAUUUCAUAAUAAUGUAACAACGUUCUGUUUAACAACGUUAAAAGUUUUAAAACAUUUAUUGUAAGUUUCUUAUAAACAGUGACUAAAUUUUUAAAAUAUGUUUUAAGUUUUUUUUAUUUUAUCUCUUAUGUAUGUAUCAUUUUUAUUUAAAAUAAAUAUUUUAGUCAAGCUUUACGAAGAGAAGUCAUAAAAGAAAAACGGAAUACAAAUAACAUACAUAAAAUAUAUUACUAUUAUUUUGAUCAUUUAAAAUAUAUUACAAUGUCAUUUUUUUAGAUUACAAUAGAUUCUAUUUAUUAUUUUAAUAUGGCAUUAGUAUUACAUAUAUGGAAAACAUAUUUAAACGUUGGAAAAAUAAUUUUAUAGUAGCAGAAUCCUUUUUUACCAUGUAAUUU